GGAAGUCACGAUGGAGUGGCUUUAACCAGGGGAAAUUUCGUCAUCUCAUCGCAACAUCUGCCUGGUUGGAUUUAUAUAGCUCCACUUUAUAUUUUUUGCCUUCGUUUCUGCAUGUCUGCUGCAGAGCUGUGCCCUCCUGAAAUAAGCCUAGUGAUGCUGCUCCCGUCUGCUUAUUCCUGCCAGGAAGAGCUCUGGGCAUCAGCAGGAAACCUGUCCCGAUGGAGCAGUCACUUCCCAGCAAGGUUUCUGCAUGCAGAGCCUACGUCACUUGCCUUCAAAUGAGGGAGAGGAUGUAUUUCCAAAAAUUUCCUGUUCACAUGACACGUGCCAAUGUUUCUUCAGAGAAACUGUGCUCAGAGUGGCUGCAAAAAUGCCAAAGCCCUGCUGACAAGGCAAUGAGGAUUGCAAGCCUGGAAAAAAUGUUUCUUAAAUCUGCACUGAGAUGACUGUUAACAAGAAUGAAACAGAGGAGGCGGCAGGAAACCCUACACAGACUUUUUUAUGCUCGAUCUCCAACCUGAGAUCUCCAAAGACAUCUGGAGCUCUCUGCCUGCCCUGCUGAAGCUGCACUGAUGACCGUCUCUUGAUCACAACUUAACUGAGCCAGAGGAGUUGAGGGAGAGAUACGCAGACAGCCCCCCAAUGUUGAAACCUGAAUAAUUUGAAACGAAAGGACGUCCUUGCACUGGAAGCAGUCCGGCGUGUGGCACAGCCCUGAACAUGACCACAGAGAGUUUUGCAGAAUUCCUGAAUAAGCUCAAGGAAAUCCAUGAGAAAGAGGUCCAAGGUCUGCAAAGCAAGCUGACAGAGCUGACGACGGAGAAGUGCCGUGAUGCUCAGAGAAUUGAAGAGUUGUUUACUAAAAAUCACCAAUUAAGGGAACAACAGAAGGUCCUUAAAGAAAAUGUAAAGGUGUUAGAAAACAGGCUGCGAGCAGGUCUCUGCGACAGAUGCAUGGUCACCCAGGAGCUGGCAAAAAAGAAGCAGAAUGAGUAUGAGACCUCCCAUUUCCAGAGCCUGCAGCACAUCUUCAUCCUCACUAAUGAGACAAACCGCCUGAGGGAGGAGAACAAAACUCUCAAGGAAGAACUGAAGAGGCUCCGGAGCCCAGAGGACAGGCCAAAGCCCCCAGGAGUCACCUCCAGAGAAAGCAGCUCCACCCCCAGCUCCCCCUUGGCUUUACUGUCCCCAGUGAGCAGGAACGCCAGCUGCGAGAAGGCAGCUCACAGGGGAGGAGAGGAAGCCCACCACGAUGUGCCAGGCCUCGAGAUGGGAGAAGAAAAGCCUGCAGGACAGAGAAGCUCUCCAAGCAGUAGGACUUCUCCGAGCACUGUUCUCCAAGAAGUCAGCCUUGCAGAAAUUGCAUCCCAGAGGAUCGCCAACCAGCUGCAUGGAACCAUUGCGCUGGUGAGACCCGGCUCCAGACCCUGCCUCCUGGAAAAAAGUCCUUUGAGGGCAGCAGUGUCCCCACCGGCAAGGAAGGCUCCUCUCCUGCCAGAGCAUGAGCACAGCCCCAUCCUUGAGGCUUAUUUAACAGCAAGUAAACCGGACUCCCCCAAGGCUGUUACAUCCUAUGAAAACCUAAAACUGACUGCCCGGAGAGAGCAGCUCUGCCUCCUCCACAAGCAUCUUUCCCUGCACCAGCGGGGGCUGGCAAACAGCUGUGCUUUGGCUGACCAGGACGGUGGCAGCUUCUCCAGCCAUUUGCUCAGGGCCAAAGACGCCGAUGGCAGGACACGGUUGCGUGACGGCUGGGAAGAACACGCAGCCUUGCUGAAGCUCCCUGCUGCCAUGGUGUACGUGAGGGACCAGCACCUGGAGGAGAAGCUGCACCUCCUCAAGCACAGGGAGCGGCUGCAGCACAUCCUCAUGCAGCAGCGCCAGCCAGGCCAGCGGGCAGAUGGAGAGCCAAACCUUUCAUCCGAGGAGCGGCCCCUCUCCCCGUGGCCGAACAUCACACCAGGAUGCAAGGAGGAAAGAUCCUUCCUGGAGGACACGGCAGAUAGGAAGGAAGAGAAGGAGUUUUGGCUGAGCCGGGAAAGCUCCGAGCUCCGAGAAAAGGUGAAGGCGGCAAGGGAUGAUGGUGCAGACAUGCCACUGGAUCUGUCGGACUCUGGCCGUGGCAGGGAAACAGGCUGGCACAGCCACCGGGAGCUGCAGGCUGCCGGCAGCCCACGGCUGAGCCCCGGGGAGAGCCCUGCUGUGCCAGCAGCCUGCGGUCCCUGCGGGAGACACAGGGCAGAGCAGGACGACUUGCACUUCCCCUACUGCUGGCCCAAUGCCACCCGGGCACUGCCUGCUGCUGUCAAGGAGGAGGAGGAAGAAGAGGAGGAGGAGGAGGAAGCAGCUGUGCUCACGCUCUCAUGGGCACAUCCAACAAACAACUCCACGCCGAGCAACCCAGAGGCCCUUCCAGAGACCGGGGUGAGACUGGCUGUCAGUGCACAGAAGGGAGAAGCAGAUGACAAUGAUGCUGAGUCUGGGAAGCAGGAAUCCGAUGAGUCAGACUCGACGGACAGUGAGGUGGCUGCCCCAUAUGAAGACGAUAUCCUACAAGAAGUCCAGGUUGAUGGGAAAUAUUUUUGCAACAAAGACAAAGCUCAUGUGCUACAGAAGAAGAGAAAAAGAGGACAGGAUCCCUGGACAAAAGGAGCUAAGAAGUCAAUAAGAGGAAGAAAGAAAGUCAAAGUGGAAGAGUGCUCAGCAGGGAUCAUGAAGGAACCAGAGAACUGCUCCGCUUCCCACAACACCACCUCCGAGGAGAGCUAACAGCAGGGUAGGAUGAGAAGCAACACAGAUGCUGCAGACCAAAGGAGAGGGCUUGGAGACCUCAGCAUCCCACCCACGCUGGGAGAACGACUCCUCCUGCCAUGCUGGGCCAGGGAGUGGGGAAUUCAUAAGGACUCAUUAAUGACCAGAGCACCCUGAAACUCCUCACUUGGUGCUCUGGGAGAGGCUAGGCAAGGAAGAGCCAUGCAGGUGAUACCUGGAGCAGCCAUGUCACUGCUGGUGGAGCAGUGCAUCCAGUGACCCUCAGCCCUGCACCGGAGCAGACCCUCAGCCUGGUGCGAGGAAGAAAAGACACCCCCUUUGCAGCACUCAGCCUGGAUCAGGACCACGUUCUUCCCUGGGAUUUCAUGCAAGAACAGACUCUCCAGACCCCACUCCCCAUGUACGAUGUCCUGGUGGCUGGUCGAAGAGUGGUGACCAAGCUGAACACUGCAGGGCCCCAUGCACAAACCUGCAUGGAUUAAAUCCCUAGCCAGGUUUCAUACAUGUGUGGAUCUUGUUUGACCUGGACAAAGCCCCUGGUUUUUCUUUUCUAGUUAAGUGAGGAGCAAGCACAUGGGCGGGCAGGUGGGACAUGUCCCUGGAGAGGGCAAGAAGAAGAGCAUGGGAAGGGAGGGCUUGUGUGUUCCCCCUCCCCAAGGUGUCCUGCAUGCCUGGAAAUGGCAGGUGUGUGAGACCCAGCUGUGGCUCACAGCAGAGCACCAGCUCAGCAGUUUCACACUGAUCUUGGCAGGAUUGCUGGGAGCUUGUUUUCACAUGGAUAAACUGUUCUUAAACAAUUUUUUCUGAUGUGUUAAACAUGGGCAAGCUUUCCUUCGGCAUCAAGUGACAGGGCUCUCUAGCCGGGAAUGGGAUGAGGAGAGCUGCAGUGAGCAUCCCUGCAGCCACGAUAUUGCACCAGGAGCCAGGCUGGAUUGUUCCUAGCACACAUGCAGAGAACAGGGCUGAAACGGGGAGAGACCAGAGGAGAAUUGUCACAGAGAGUACCUGCCCUGUCUGGUGCACCACCAUUUCCUUUACCCACAGUUAUUUCUAUUUAAAGGUGAUUUUGUUUGCUCAUU